AUGAAGUAGGGCAAAACCAUUCAGGAUUUGAUCAGAGAUUAAGAGGAGGCUGACUUAAAAGCAGCUAUCAAACUCUAAGAAGAAGAAGUUAGAAAGCAGGAGUUAGAAAGGUAGAGAGAAUAAAGGAGAUAGAUGAUGGCUGGAGCAUUCGGUAGAGGAAAAGAACCGUAGAAGUAAUAGGAAUAAGUGUAAAUAACUGAGAAGGAAAGAUAAGCUCUGCAAUUAAAAGAGUUAUAGGUGGCUCAAAAGUAGUAAGACCUUGAGAAGUAAAGAUAAGAGAGAGCGAUGAGAAUGCAGAGAGUUUUUGAAUAGAAAAGUUCUCAAUAACAACCAAUUAUUGAUGACUCUAAAUCUAUAUCAAAGCCAAUUCAAUAAAAUGAAUAAGUGCUAUCAUAGCGUCAAAAAGAGAUGCUAGAUCAAAGGGCAAAUGCAUUUAAGAAUAGAGGUAAUUAAAUAGCAGAGGAGAUUAAGAAGUAAGAGAAUGAAUAUUAGAGAAUGUAGUAGUUUGAAUAAGAAGCUAUGAAUGAAUUCGUUGAGGAAAAAAAAGCUGAGGCAAGGAAUAAGACGAUACAGAUUUAGUCAGUCCUUGACAAGAGAAAAGAAUAAUAAUUUCUGAUGGAAAUUGAUCAAUCUGCUCAAAUCCAUAAAUAAAAUCUUGAAAGAUCUAUUCAGACACAUUCAGAGUGGCUAAUGCAGUAAUUAUUUGAGUAAUCAGAGGCUCUUGGUGAUGUUGAGUUUGUAUUUCCAAAUGAAAACAAUUUGAAAAUGAGAUGUCACUCAUUCAUAAUUAGUGCAAAAUCACCAUAUUUCAAUUCAUUGAUUAAGUUUCAAUCUGACAUGAUACAAAGUCAAUAUAUGCAACUUAAUGAAGGACUGCUUAAAUUAACUUCAAGCAUUGAUCAUUUUAGUUACAAAACCUUUCAGGUGAUGAAGAGAUAUUUUUACCUAGGAGAAUUGGAAUUUGAUUCAAAUGAUCUAAUAGAGAUGCUAGAGUUAUGUCAAGAAUAUCUUUUGUAUGAUGUAAAGCAGCUAAUUGAGCAUUUAAUGGUUAAAAAUGUUGAUAUUGAGAAUUUCGCAGAUUAUAUGCAUUUGUGUCGAGUCUUUGACUGCAAAAUACUGAAGGAGUUUCUAUUUUAUUUUUCAAAGAAAAACUAUCAAUAGCUAAAAAAUAAAGGUAGUUUUAAAACACUUCAAAGAGAUGAGUGGAUGGUUAUAAAAGAGUACGCCAAUAUUUGA